AUGAACCAGAUGAACAUGCAAGGCAUGAACCCCAGCGUCGCCAUGCCCGGUAACGCCGUCCCCGUCGGCGUCCCGGGCGUGGGCGUUCCUGGGGGAGGUAUGCCCAUGGGAGGAAUUCCCAUGAUAAAUAGCGCAUCAGGCUCCGCCCCUCGAAGUGAGCCGAAUCAGAAUUUACAGGAUACCAUGGCCACCCAGCUCAACACCUAUAUAUACGAUUACUUCCUGAAACGCGGAUACCAUGACUGUGCGCGUGCGCUUGUACAGGACGAGAGCGUCACUCUAAACACUACCAUUGCGCCUCACAAAGGCACACCACACCGCAGAGAUGGAGAAGUCAACGGAGUUGACUCUGAGGAAGGUAAAGAGGAUAUGAAGUCGCGCAUCCCCGACGAUUUGCCAAGACCAAACUUGGGUGAUUCGCAACAAACUAGUUUCUUAUUCGAUUGGUUCAAUAUCUUCUGGGACGUCUUCUCCGCUCAGAGGAAGAAACCAAGAAGCAAUGAUGCCAUGCAGUAUUUACAGCAUACCCAGAACAUGCUGCGACUACGGGACCAGCAACAAAACCAACUCAUGCGACAGGGACAGCUAAUGCCUAAUCAGUUUGCUGCUAUGCGCGGAGUACGUGGUAACAUGGUACCGGCAAAUCUCCAGAAAUCUGUUCUCCAGAAUCCGCAAAAUAUGACUCCACAACAAAUCGCUCAAAUACGCAACCAGCAGAUGAUGCACCACCAGAUGCAACGGGAACACUCUGACAUGGAGAUGAAUGGCCAUCGCCCCCAAUCCCCUUCUUCUGUGGAAAACGCCCCAUCUCCCUCUAAGCGCCAGCGCAUCGACGGCCCCCAAGUUAACGGUGCGCAAAUGACCCCCAACGGCCGCACACAGCCCCAGGGUAUGCCGGGCCAGCAGAACCAGCAACAGGCCAACUCUCUUCUGAUGCAACACGGCAUCAACCCACGAAACCUCACUCCGGCACAACUUCAGUCCUUCCAGGCCCAGAACCCAGCUGUCCAAGCAAAGUCGAUUCAGGUCUAUAAUCAAAAUCUAAUUCACCACACUCGCUCCGCAAUGAAUAACCAGGGAAUCCCUAAUGGUCUAAUCAACCCGGGAGUCAUGCCCAACCAACCAGAUAUGAUGCAGCCUAUGCAUGACAGCCAAGGGAUGAUACCACAAGAAUACUAUAGCAACGGCCAGAUGGCUGCUCAGAUGCGGCAAGGCGGUAUGCAAACCCCCGGAGCGCAAAACGGCAACCAUGCCCUCCAAGACUAUCAAAUGCAACUCAUGUUGCUUGAGCAGCAGAACAAGAAACGUCUUUUGAUCGCUCGCCAGGAGCAAGACAGCAUGGCUCGUGAUGGCCAACCACCACCAGGUCCGGCCCAACCUGGCCAGCCAGGCGCUGCACAACAGCAACAAGCAGCCCAAGGAAUGCACAACAGCCUCCCUCCUGGAACGUCUCCACAGGGCAGUCGUGCCGGUGCUUCACCGAACCCUAGCGAGCAGAUGAAGCGCGGAACACCAAAGAUGCCCCAGACCGGUCUUCCCGGCUCUCCCAACGUUGGUGAUGCUAUGCAAGGUCGCGGUUCGCCAGCAUCCAUGAACUUUGGUAAUCAAAUCCCCCAGGAUAUGGGUGGCGCAGCAUUCUUCAACACAAUGAAGAAUAUGCAGGAAGCUGGUGGUGUUGUCGGACCUAACGGCAUGCGCCCACCUAGCUCUAAUCCAGCCUACUCUGGCGCGCAAAUGACGCAGCCUAUGGAUGCAAUGGCGCGCCAGCAACAGGCUCAAGCCCAGGCCCAAGCUCAAGCUGGGGCUCGCAUGCCAAGUGGUAAUUGGCAACAACCACAGCCUCCUCAGGGUCAACCAAUGAUUCCACCACAGCAACAGCAACAACAGCAACAGCAGCAAACGCAGCAGCAGCAAGGCCAGCCCGGGCAGCCUGUCGGAACUCCACAAGAGCGAAAUGCUAUGCCUCCGCCACAAGCACCACCGGUGGCUACGGCUCCAAAUAAUGGACGACAGUCACCGCAGCCUGGUAGCGCAGCUCCCCCAACACCCCAGCAGAGCUCGAAGCCAGCACCAAAGAAGAAGGAUACGAAGGAUAACAAUCGAAAGCGCCCCGCUAAGCGCGUUCCAACCACCAAUGCGGCUUCAACGGCUGCCCCAGCUUCGGAGUCUGAACCUCCGCCAACUCCAACUCCUUCUACCCCUAUCACUCCUGUCCAUCCAAACUCGUUCAACAAGAAUGCUCCUGCAAACAAUGCUCAACCUACGUCUGCACCUGCGGCACAACCCCAAGCUGUGGGUCAGCCGCCGCCACCCCCGCAACCACCACAGCAGCAGCAACAGCAGCAACCUCAACAGCAACAGCAGCAAAUGCUGUCUAUGCAACCGGCCCAAGGUCAACCGCCUGCUGCACAGCCAGGACAGGCACAGGGACAAGUAGACCCGUCACAGCCAUUCGGAGACAUGGGCUUAACAGACAACCAAAGCUUCAACCUGGAUUUCAGUUCUCUCGACAACCCAGAUAUUCUCGAAAACUUCGACUUCGAUACUUUCCUCAACACAGACGACCAAUCGGCAUUCAACUUCGAUCCUAACACACCAUACCUUGAUGGUGUCGAGGCUGGUACAGGAGAGAGGAUGUAA